ACAUUCCUUGAAGAUCAAUGACGGAUGCGCAGCCCACCCGCAUGCGGUUGCGAUACUGAGCCUCAUCAAAACGACAACGGUUGCUCGUUGCCCCUGUCUGUUCGAAGCAGUGAUACGAGGGGCUGAAAGUGCUUGUGUUGUCCUUGAAUUUCGACAGCAGCAAGACGACAAUAUGCACACCAUGCAGGAAACGACCGUGACUACACGCAGCAUUGGUGUAGCAUUCAGCACCGAGCUAUCUCCUACACGCGUUCUCACCAAUCUGCCACCGCCAUACACGUGGACAGGUGCGCGAGCCGGAGAACUUCGAGCCAAUCCUGCAGACUUCACGUCUACAGUUACCCUAUAUGUUGGCGCAAAACAUAGUCCCUUUAGCAUUCACACCUCUCUGCUCACCACGCAAUCACCCUACUUCCGCGCCGCGCUCACCGGCCCGUUUGUCGAAUCUACGACGAAGACUAUUACACUCGACGACAUAUCGCCAGAUCACUUCCAGCUCCUCGUAUCCUGGUUAUAUACAUCGGCUAUACCUGCGCCUUUCAAAGAUGGAAAGCCAGCAUACUAUACACUUCUGCACUUGUACUCCCUGGCCGACCGCCUGUGCAUUGAAGGCCUACGGAACGCGGUAGUGGACCUCAUUGCAGACCUCGCGGAUCGUACAAAUUCAGUACUGACACCGAGCGACACUCGUAUCCUCUACGACGGCAUCCGCGAAUCUGCACCCCUGCACGAUCUCGUUCUCGACCUUUUCGCGUUCAAAAAGACAGACCGACUGGUGGAAGGGCAUGCGGACAGCUGGCACGCUGCGUUCCUCCGCGAGCUCUGUGUACUUCUCAAGCGGCCUUGCCCGCAGGCAAUGGUCAGACACAGACUGCGCAUGUGGUGCCCUGAGUCCUGGCACGGUGCUAGGAGCUGUGAUAAUUGUCGGGGCGUACUGCAGCCGAGAUUCGGAGCGGUGGCGUGUGAUGACUGUUGUCUGAGCUUUUGCACAAGCUGUGUAGAGGGAGGGGUCGCAAUGGCUGGGUGGGAUGAUGGGAGGGGGAAAGAUGAAGUUGAUGGGCGAGAUACUACUGAAGGCGCAGGGGCGGACGUCAAGGUAAGAAAGGGAAGGAAGUGGGAGGCGUGUAAGCCAUGGAGGGGCGCAAGGUGUGCGUUAUAUCACGAGCAUGAUGAAACGGAGAGGUGCGGGGAUAUCUUCAUGGGAAGGUAACCUGGCCUGGACCAAGUUUUGAUAGAUUUACUUUUGCAUCCGCAUAGCGUCUCGGAGUAUGGAUCCGUACACUUCUAUUACCUCAAUAUACAUCAAGGUCAUAAUGAC